GUAGAAAUUGGGUUUGCAGCAUCAGUUCAUCUGUGCACAAUAAACCGUGUAUAUCGAAGUAGAACAAGUCGAAUCACAAGAUGCGUUUAACACUUUUGGCGCUCGUUGGCGCUGUGUGCAUCGCCUGCAGCUUUGCCCAGCCGUUGGAGGGCAAAGCGGAGAGUAACGAUCUACUUAACCUGGCGGAUCUGGGACAAGAACAUGUAACUGGAAAUGCACGACAGGUGCGACAGUUCGGCUACGGCGGCUGGGGUGGCGGCGGUUUGGGCGGCUAUGGUGGCGGCGGCUGGGGUGGCGGUGGCUGGGGUCGCGGCGGCUGGGGUCGAGGCGGCUGGGGUCGAGGCGGCUGGGGUCGAGGCGGCUGGGGUGGCGGACGCUGGGUAAACGACCACGAGGCCUUUGGACGCUAA